UCGAUAUCCGGAUUCUCGUAGAGAGACACAGUACUUGUAACUUAUAUCAUCAAUUAGUCAGCAAUCAAAUCAAAGGGAGGAGGCGGAUAGGUUGGAGUAAGGCCUGAUGAGAAAUUCUAAAUGCUUCACAAUUCUUUUGUUUUAAAAGUUCCGGGACAUUAAAGGAAAGCAAUAAGAAGUUAUAAAUAUAUUCAAAACUUGUGACACCUGAUUGGUCGAAAAAAUGGUCGAACCUGUGCUUCCACCAGAUCACCCAAUCACUGACAUUUUUAUAGUUUCUGAGAAGUCAUACUCUGAAUCAGGUUACCAAGUGAUUGAAAAAACUACUGAUGAGUCAGAUGCAGACCUGUGGAAAGAUUCGUUCUUUUCAAAAACAAAACGAUAUUUUUGUUUUACAAGGAAAUUACCAACACCAGAUGGAUCAAACACUAUGGUGCUGAAAGAUCUAGCCAUAAUAAAGGAAAAUGACGUUAUACCAAUGAAUUACACAGCUCUGAAUCAAACUAAGGACACAUCUGAACAAUGUUUAAAGAAAAAGAAAGUAGUGGUACAGUAUGAAAAUAGAUUUACAUCAGGUUCUGCUAUUUGUGAAGUGUACUUGACAAAAAAUUCAAAACAGAAAGUUGCUGAAUCUAGUUGCAAAGGGGAAAUAAAUGGCUUAACAUUAUCAGUAAGAUAUGGAACAGGGCCUAAGAUACAGCAAAAGGUGACGCAGCAACUAAGCACACCACCAGAACCACAACCUAAGCCAGUACCAGCUCCAAGAACAAACUUGCCAAGUACAACACAUCUCACAACUGUUAAAAGAAGUGGAACCAUGAGAGCUAUUCAGUUACAUAAUCAACCUUUGGAUGGUGUAACUUUCGAUAUCAAUAGUGCUUUCAAAGCUUUGUUGAAUACAAACACAAAUUUUACAGUACCGAAUCUCAAUUGCUUAACAUCUGAACAAAUAGAAGAAAAAUAUAAAUAUGAUUUUCAAACAGAGAAGAUUGCCGAGAAAAGAUUAAUACAAUCCUAGGAACUGUAUGUGAGGGAAAAGCAGGAAGGACAUUAGUGUACAUUAUACUAAAGUUUUAGAGGGUUAUAAUUGAGAGUAGAGAGGUGAGGACAGGGGAGGGGAGGAAGGAAAAAUGCAAAAUACCAAAGGUGAUAACAUGGUAAAGGUGGACAGUGAACAGUCAUUGAUGCUGGCUCAAAUGUAAUAUCUUGUUCAGUUUUUGAAACUAAGUCUUCUUGUGUACACUCACUCAAAAAAUGUGAACUUGACCCCAGGGCUACCUUUGAGAAGACCAGGGGUUAGGGAGUUAUCACAGUGUUCUUUUUAAAAAAUUCAUUUUUCAUUUUAUUUAAUGCAAAAAUAAGCAGUGGUGGAUACAAGGGGAGGGGGGUGUGCGAGUUGGCCUGGGCCCCCUACAUUUUUCAGAAUUUUAAAGAAAAUUGAGAAGGGAAAUUAUAAUUAAAUAUAGGUCUGAGAUUCCCUUUUUUGGCCAUCUACAGCUACCAUAAUCAGCUACCAUAAUCAUAAAGUUUCUUACCUCAGCUCCAACUAUGGUGGGGCUGAAGUGGUCUAGCUCCUCUGCCUCUGUUUUUACUUCCUGUAUCCGCCACUGAUAAGCACAAGCAAAAUGCAUACUCAAGUGUUCUCAUUUACCUUAGCACCUUUAAAUGAGAUAUACCUUAGCACCUUUAAAUGAGAUAAUCUUGCACCUAUGGGCAGCAAAAAGAUAUGGUGGGACUUUUUUGAACAGUAGAAAGUUGUGUAAUUGAGUUCGUCUAAGUGCUUUGUAGCCCCAAGGAAAAGGCACUAUGUAAAUACUUUUAACAUAUUUAACAUUUAACAAAAAAAAUCAUACAAUCUAAAUGAUAAACUAGAAGUAUAUUAUUGUUUGUCUUAUACUUUAUUAUAUUCCACAUUGUCUUUGAUGAGAUAGUAUAAUACAUACUUCAAGUAUCGAAAUGCACGCAUCGUGUCGGGAUACAAUAUUUUGACAUUAAUUAUGUGGUCAUCAGGUAUGAAAAAUUAUUCGUAUAUGCAAGCUUAUAUACACUAGUACCAAAGUGUUUAACCAAUCAAAAAA